AUGGCAGCUCACGCAUCCGGCACGGCGCCGACACAGAUCCCCGCGCGGCCGCCGCAGCCCGACGAGGUGGAUGAGGUCCUGGCUAGAUCCCUGGACGCCUAUGCCCGAUCGUUGCCGACGACGAUGCCGUUUCUCGAGGCCGAGCCGGUGCCCGUCCUGCUUCCGCACGACGAGGUCGACGAAGCAAACGGCGGUGGUGGCGGCGGCGGCAGCAGCAGCAGCAGCAGCAGCAGCAGCAGCAGCAGCACCAUUACCACCACCACACCAGAGGAGGAUAGAGACGGCGGCAGGCAUAAGCGCAGCAGCAACGGCAAUCAUGUCAAAAACGACGACGAGACGACCCCUCUCCUCCGGGACCGCGACGCCAGCGGCUGCUCCGACGACCCCUCCGCCGCUUCAUCACCGCGACCGUCACCGCUCUUCCUCAACGGCGUCUCGCCCGCGCGCUUCUGGUGCAUCUUCGCGCAGAUCCUCGCCUCGCUCUUCGUCGGCUGCUUCGACAGCACCGUCAUGGCCUCGUCGCACCCGGCCGUCACCGCGCACUUCCGCGCCGCCCACGCCGCCGCCUGGCUCAGCACCACCUUCCUGCUCGCCUCCACCGCCUGCCAGCCGCUGCUCGGCCGGCUGUCCGACGGGCUCGGCCGCCGCCCGCUGUUCCUCGCCGGCGUCGCCCUGCUGGCCGUCGGCACCGCCUGGUGCGCCGCCGCGCCCACUCUUGCUAGCUUUGUUGCUGCGCGGGCGCUCUGCGGCGUCGGCGCGGGGGGAGCGAUCGCGCUCGGGAGCAUCAUGACCAGCGACCUGGUCCCGAUAGAACGCAGGGGAUCGUACCAGUCCCUCGUCAACGCUACCUGGGGCACGGGGUCGGCCCUUGGCGCCGCAGCCGGCGGGUGGCUCGUGGAGACGGUCGGCUGGAGAUGGGAGUUUGGCAUCCAGGUGCCGCUUCUCGUCCUCAUCUUUGCCGCCUCCUUCGUCGCCAUCCCCCACGACAUUGGCCUCCGCGGCAAGCCCCGCAAGACCGUCCGCCAGGUCCUCCGCGAGUUCGACCUCCGCGGCUCCGGCCUGCUAACCGUCGCGACCGCCGCGUUUAUCCUCGGCGUGAAUCUCGGAGGCGCCAUCCUGCCUUGGUCUCACCCCAUCGUCAUCGCAUCUCUGACCACCUUUGCCGUCGCGUUCCCUACCUUUCUCUGGGUCGAGUCGCGCGCGCCAAGACCCAUCAUGCCGCUGCAUCUCAUCACCAAGACGCCCCACGCCAACCUCAUCUUUGGCAACUUCAUCGCCUCCAUGCUCGCCAACGCGAUCCUCUUCAACAUGCCCCUCUACUUCCAGGCUGUCCUCCUCACCUCCGCCACCACCUCCGGCUUGCGCCUCGUCGUCCCCUCCAUCGCCUCCUCCGUCGCCGGCGUCUCCACCGGCUUCCUCAUCACCUACACCCGACGCCUCAAGUGGCCUCUCCUCCUCGGCGCCUCCCUCGCCGUCCUCGGCAACCUCGUCCUCCUCCUGCUCCUCCGCCGGGACCUGCGCCCCGCCGCGCUCUACGUGCUCGCCCUCGUGCCCUCCAGCCUCGGCACCGGCUUCCAGUUUCCGGGCACCUUCAUGGCCGUGCUCGCCGCCAGCCCGCAGGCCGAGCAGGCCGUCGUCACCAGCACCCUGCUGCUGUGGCGCAGCCUCGGCGGCGUCCUCGGCGUCGCCGCCAGCAGCCUGGUCGUCCAGGCCGCGCUGCUGCACCACCUGCGCAGGCUGGUGCGUGGGCCGCGACGGGACGAGGUCAUCGAGGCGGUCAAGAGGUCCGUGGAGGUCGUGGCUGGGUUGGAGGAGCCGUACCGCGAGCAGGUGGUCCGCAGCUACGAGGCCACCCUAAGGCUGACGUUUCUCUUCACGACCGUCAUGGCCGUCGUCGGCUUCCUCCUGCUCGCCCCCAUCAAGCUGAAACGUCUACCUGCGCGAAAGUAG